CUAUUUGAAAAAAGUAGUAUCCGUCACGUGAUUGCAUAAACAACAUGGCGGACUGAACAAGUAUUUUCAAAACCCCGAACGUUUGGUUAUCAUAAAAACUAAUUUUAUUUCAGAACACGUCUGUUUAAAAAGAUACCAAUCAUGCUUGGGCUUGCAAUUCAAGUGAGUGGACAAGGGUAUGGCAUGCCGAAGCAAUACAAAUCAGAAAUGCCUAAGGACCACUUCCGGGAAAAUGUUAGACGUAUGAGACAGAUUCAAAGGAAAGCGCGCGAGAAAGAAGUGGAAUCAGUUCAGCCAAUGAAGGCACUUUGGAAAUCAGAAAAAUACAAGGAUGUUCCCUCAAAGAUAAAAUCAGAUAUUGAGAAAGAGCCGGAUGCCCCGAGACCUCACAGUGCCCACUUUCUGAGAGCCCAUACACGUUCGGGGCCUUCAGUUCAACUACAGUCACGCCCAUGCACACCUGACCCCAAACUUUCAGUACCUCCAGCAAGCAUUGCAAGUGAGGUGCAGCUAAAAAGGAACAACUUUGACUUUAUAAAGAUUAAUGGUAAAGCUGUGAAAAAUACCACCAUGGUCCGCUCACCCAGUCUCACUGCACUAGACGACCUCAAGAAGAAGCAAGAGGAGGAAUACAAGCAACACAAAAAAGGAGAGGUUCCAACUUAUUUGAAAACACGCAAGGAGCAAUGGAAGAAGCAAGAGGAGGAACGUAUAGCCAACAUCCCUGACCCGUCCUGUCCUGAUGGCCACAAAGCAUUAGCAGAGGCAGAGAGGAAGGAAACCCUGGAACUACUCAAACAAAAGCAACAAGAACUGACCAGCAAACUGGCUUCUCUUCCCCUUAGAACCGACACGUUCAGAAUUCGAAGCUGUAAGCAGGAGUUGGAGAACAAACUAGCAGAAAUGGAGGAAGCCAUUAAAAUAUUCUCACGACCCAAAGUGUUUGUGAAAAUGGAAUGAUACAAUGAAGAGUGUUAGUUGUUAUUUCAAAAUUAAAUAACCAUACAUCAUUUUCUGUGAUAAGAGUUCAACAGAAUAUUUGCUUGUACUUAGAAGUAGAAUGAGUCUGCCGUAGGUGGUACAGAUUGGUCCAAUAGUAGAUGAAAGAAUCAUUGACAGAUCUGUGAUAAACGGAAACCAUUCCUCACUGUAUUGUUUCAAAGACAUAUAAUAACUAUAUAUUUACAUUAGGAAAUAAUACUUUGAAACAUAAUUUCAUUGUAAAAUCAUAGGUGUCAUCUGUGUAAAUAUGGUUUGCACUUUAGCACAUGUUGAACUUUAGCAAGUGUUUAUUGGUAUGCAUGGAAAAAUUAUAUUGUACAUUAAUGUUUUAUUUUAUAUUUUAGUUCAUAGACUGUCCUUGACUGUACAUAUGUCUCUUUUUAUUGUCAUAUUUUUAUUUAUUGUUAUGUAUAUCUGGUAUGUGCUUGAUGAUUGGUUCAUCAUGAAGAUCUAUAUUGGUAGUCAAAACCUAGCAGCUUGUCGGAUGAAGAGUUUAUCAGGGUUGGUGCAGCCUGCAAAGGCCCUGCAUGGUCAACAAAAUAUAAUUGUGUAUAUGUAGCUAUGUACCAGCAAAUAAAAAUGUAGACAUA